UAAUGUAUGUGAAUGGAAAUGUUAUGCAAAGUAUCUUUAAGCUGAGCAAAGACAAAUGUUGUAUAACAAAAUCUAAUCUUGCUUUCAGACGGCCUGGAUAGGACUGUACGAUGACGUGAACAGCUGGAGGUGGUCAGACAGACAUGCAGAGGUUGAGUUCAUAAAUUGGGCCAAAGGCCAACCAGACAACUAUGGGAGUGGUGAACACUGCACAGAGAUGUAUAAUACUGGAGAAUGGAACGAUGUUGGUUGUAAAACACCCCUUCAGGCAGUCUGCUCUUCUGUGAGAGGGUCAGAUGUGAAAUUUAUCCUCAUUCUUCGUCCCAUGAGUUGGACUGAGGCCCAGAGCUACUGCAGAGCAAACUACACAGACCUGGCCACUGUGAGAAAUGAAGCAGAGAACCAGGAGGUGAAGAAUCUAACUGGUGGAGAAAAAGUCUGGAUCGGCCUCUUCAGAGACUCCUGGAAGUGGUCUGAUGGAAGUAAGUCCUCCUUUAGGUACUGGGCCUCAGGAGAACCUCACAACAAUGUUGGGAAGGAGGAUUGCGUGGCAGUGAACUUCAACCAUUCUGGAGGUUGGGAGGACUGGAACUGUGGCUAUAACAAACCAUUUAUUUGUUACAAAGCUCCAACCACUGAAGAACCAAACUGGACCUCCCAACCUUUUCCAACAUCAGUCCCAUCAGCCUCCACAACAGCAACAACACAGAGUUCAAUCUCCAGUUCAGGAAGCUUCACACCUUCAUCAUCUUUCCCUGAAACCACAGAGCAGUCUGCAGAGAUUGUUCCAAAGCACAAGAUGCGUGUGAGUGUGAAGAUGAACUCUGCUCUGGAUCCGAACAACCCUGAGGUGAUGGAGGAAGUCUUGAAGCAGCUCAAACAGAGGCUGAAGGAGAAGGGGGUGAAUGAAGACGUCAAACUGAGCUGGAAGAAGCAGCCUGAUGGAAAAGUCUUCCACAAGGAGAAGAAGAAGACGGCAAAAAAAGAUGAGCUUUAA